UUAGUGAUGUCUGCAGGUCUGAACAGGUGAAUUGAUCGACAGACUGCGUUCUUGGCUCGAUUAUCGCCUCACUCGGCAUAAGUUUGGUUUAAGAUGGCGGCGGAACGACAGAAACAGAGCCGAGGAGCCCAGCGGCGGUGAUGCUGUUGCCGCACUAGCCCCACCAGCACUAUGUACAGCUGUGAGCGGCGGCCACCUGCCACCGGACACCUGUAGCGUCCAGCGGCGGCAUGGCGAACACGAUCCGGGAGCAGAGCAGCGAGCACCGCGGCGGUAUGCCUGUAGGAGCCAUAGUGGAGAAUGGCUCAGCGGGCCAAAGACCAAGUGCCACUGACCUCCCCGCCGACCACCAGCCCAGCUUCACCUCACAUGUCCCGCCCACCUACAGGCCCCCCUACUCCAGCACCCCCGUCUACUUCAGCAGUCCCCACAAAAGCCCCUCAGACUUGGAUCCAGACAGCCACAGUUUGACUUCUCAGGACUCAGGAAUCCCAACACUGGAGAUCCACCCCCCUGGUUGCAGCGCCCUGCAGCCCCACAAUGGAAACCUCAUCAUGGACUCCGCUGAAGACUCGCCUGCCACUCUACCGCUGGACGACGACCCAUCCAACAGCACCGCACGCAAGUCUUCCACCUUCCCUCGCAGUAGCUACGACACCAUUCGCCUCUUUAGCCCCACCCUUCGCUUAGCCACGCCGGGCUUAAGCGUUGGGGGCGGAGCCCUGAAUCGCAGCGAUGACAUCUCUAUGUGCAGCGUGUCGAGCAUGAGCACAGAGCUGUCGGUCUCCAAUGAAGACAUCUUGGAUUUCACCGUCACGUCAGACUCCAGCGCCAUCGUCACCUUGGAGACGGAUGAAAGCGGGACAGCUGACUUCUCAGACGUGACGUUGUCCUCCUCACCUGGAGGUCCAGCAGACCUUUGGAGUCCUUCACAACUGUACCCAGGGUCAGGGGUCAAGCCACAGCAGCACAAGAAACUGGGACCACUCAUCAGCUUAUUCAACAGGAGCGUGUUUACCAAAAAGGUGAAGGACAGUCAGUCUGUGGAGCCGAAGGAUCCCGGUUGGAAGCUGUUUGGAAAAGUUCCUCUGCGAGAUGUCCCCAUAAAAGACCCAAAGAAGAUACAAAAGGAAUAUGAAACGAGGAGUGGCAAAGCUGGACCUGCUAACCCCACCUCUCCCAGGCAGAGCGUGAGGAAAAACCUGGACUUUGAGCCGCUCUCCACCACAGCGCUGAUUCUGGAGGACAGACCUGCUAACCUUCCAGCCAAGCCUGCAGAGGAGGCCCUGAAGCACAGACAGCAGUAUGAGGAGAUGGUGGCCCAGGCCAAGAAAAGAGAGCUAAAGGAAGCUCAGAGGAGAAAGAAGAAGCUGGAAGAUCGAUGCAAACAUGAAGAGAACAUCGGCACCGCUGCCCAAAUCUGGAACCAGGAGAUCUUGCCUAACUGGAGUACAAUGUGUACGUCCCGCCGGGUGAGGGACCUGUGGUGGCAGGGCAUCCCCCCCAGUGUCAGAGGCAAAGUGUGGAGCCUGGCGGUGGGGAACGAGCUCAACAUCACUCAUGAGCUCUACAGCAUCUGUCUCGCUCGGGCCAGAGAGAAAUGGAGGACGACGGCAGCACCAAGCACAGACCCAGAGCCUGAAGACGCUUUGGGUUCUUCAGACCGGGAGUCCAGCCUGGAGCUGAUCAAACUGGACAUCUCCAGGACUUUCCCCCAGCUGUGCAUCUUCCAGCAGGGCGGGCCCUACCAUGACGUGCUGCACAGCAUUCUGGGAGCGUACACGUGUUACCGUCCAGACGUGGGCUAUGUGCAGGGAAUGUCGUUCAUCGCCGCGGUGCUCAUCCUCAACCUGGACACGGCCGACGCCUUCAUCGCUUUUGCCAACCUGCUCAACAAGCCCUGUCAGAUGGCCUUCUUCAGAGUUGACCACAGCCUUAUGCUGACAUACUUUGCAGCAUUUGAAGUGUUCUUUGAAGAAAAUCUACCAAAGCUCUUUGCACAUUUCAAGAAGAACAACUUGACCCCCGAUAUUUAUUUAAUCGACUGGAUCUUCACGCUGUACAGCAAGUCGCUGCCGCUGGACCUGGCCUGCCGGGUGUGGGACGUGUUCUGCCGGGACGGCGAAGAGUUUCUGUUCCGCACGGCGCUGGGCGUGCUGCGCCUCUACCAGGACGUGCUGACCUGCAUGGACUUCAUCCACAUGGCUCAGUUCCUCACCCGGCUGCCGGACCUUAUUCCUGCAGAGGAGCUCUUCCAGCACAUCGCUGCGGUGCACAUGAGCAGCCGCAACAGGAAGUGGGCGCAGGUCCUCCAGGUGUUGACGGAGCAGAAGAGGUCAGGAGCCAGACAGUCUGGAGCUGAAGCCCUGAGCUGAGGAACCAUCUGCCCCCCCACCACCACCCACCCCCGGCUUUUUCAGGAAAGCCCGUUAUGCUGGAUGGACCUGAACCAGACCCCCUCCCUCCUCAGCUGGGAGACAAAAGCAGCUGCUCGAACUGGAACCAGCGCUCAGGUGAAGGUCUGGCGGCGCCAGCGGAAUUAGAGGCCUUACUGCCCCCACCCCCUCCCUGUAACCCCCCCCAGCUCUGAUUGGAAGGUGAAGCUGGGAACGACGAAGAAUGUAGCGAUGCCUCCUCGUUCAGCGGAUGCGAUCGGGCCAGGAAGCCGAUGCGGGAGGCUGCAUCAACCCCCCCCCACCCGUCCUUCCAGAGGAACUCCCGAUGACGGAAAAACGUCCUCGUCAAGCUUCAGCCGGCGUUUCUCAGGCUCCCCGACCUGAACUUUCCUUUCCUCAGACGGGUUCGAUCUCACCUGGAAACCUUUUCAAAGAAGGAAACGUUUUUUUAAGCUCUCUCAACUUUACAAAUGUGGAUUUAUGUUUGUUGCUGCACGCUGAUUAUUAUUAUUAUUAUUAUUAUUUUUAAAUGCUUCGGUGUGACGUCCGUCAUCCAAUUAUUUAAUAUUUAUCUGGAGGAGGCAGAAACGGUUGGAGCAGCAGACUAAUGAAGGGCUGCAGCUCCGCCUCUCUUCUGUGCUUUAAAGGUAAACCAGUUGCCUCCUUUUUAUUUGUUUCUUUGCUUGAUUGCACUUUGUAGAUGCUCCGUCGGUAUCCGUAGAAACGGCCCGCUGGCUCUGACCUCUGAACCCGUCUUGGUUUCUAGUUCAGCUUCAGCUGACGGCUGGUUCUCGCCGUCAGCUGAAGCCGUUUGUCUGUGUCGCCUCGGAUCAAAAUAAAGAGAAAAUCCAUUUCAGCGGUCGCCGUGGACCGCCGUGGAACGUGGGAACGUUUGCGUUCCUUUACGGCUCGUCUGUGGCGCCUCUUUCUCUUUAUUUGGUUUCCAUCAGGGUGACACGGCAGGACUCUCCAGGAACGAAUGAAGACGAGCUCUGGUGUCUUGGCAGCUUUCCAGAGCGUGCAGCAGACUGAGCACCCCCCUCCCCCUCCCAGAAUCCUCCGCUGCGGUUCCUCGCCGCAGAGCUGCAAUAAGAGCGUUUUGCACAAAGCCGUGCCUCGCAUCACUUUAUGUCAUGGCUGGUGGUUUCGAAGGGGUUGUUGGUUUUCCAUCUCCCGCCUUUUCCUUUAGUGAUUUUUGUGCUGAAGUUGCUCUGUUGGUGUGCGUGCGGUUCAUGUAGGUUUCCACAAAGAUGUCAGUCACUGUUGCACCAAAAGACAGACAGACAGGCAGACAGGCCGGCUCUAAAGGAGCAGCUCUGAGCUUUUAUCCCAGCUGAGGCUGCCUUUUGAUUUGGACCGUUCCAUUUCCCAUCGUCCGCCUCUUUGGUUGUCCAGAGAGCCGUCAACCCAAGAGAAUGGAGGGUCGUCACGCAAUUUUAUCUCACUUGAAAUGUGUACAUAUGUGAUAGUUUUAAUAAAGCUGUACAUAUUUAACCUGGAA